AUCAGGGCCCUGCAGAUCUUGACGGCAACCAAUAGAAGUGGCGUAUUCCUAACAGGUUUAAGGGCGCCAGGAUUGGAUUCGCCUGGGUCGGCGGCAUUGGCUUAGCACUUGCAAUGGCUGCUGUCAGUGAACGAAUUGAAGAUAUGGAAAAAGUGAGAAGGGAGCUGCUCAAACUGCUGACAGAAGGCAAGGCAGUGGACAUGCUGAAGCACAAUCUGUCCCGACAGGAUCAAAUGAUUGACAAACUCUUGAAUACUCAGAAGACCACAAAACAGCUGAUCAAAGAGCUCAUGAUUACUGAGGAGAAAGUGGCACAGAGACUUUCUGACAGGGAAGAGGAGUUGAAGGCAAGUAUCCAAAAGCUGCAGGAAAUUGAAGAAGAAUUGCUUCAGACAAAUGAAAAGGAUGAAAAAUUGAGGAUCAACACUAAUGAAUUAAGAAAACAACUGGAGACUUUGAGAGAAGAAAGCAGGCAGCAGCAGUGGAAAGCAACAGAAGAAGCUGAGAGAUCUAUGUCAGCUACGUAUCUUGUACAUCUUUAUUAUCAGAUCUGCCAGAUUGACUGGGACUAUUCUUGUGAACCACCUCUGAUCAAAGGAACCCAUUAUGGACCAGAUAUUGCUCAAUCUAUCAACCUUGACAGUAGUCAACAUUCUCCUUGCUUUAUCAGUGAUUACCUCUGGAACCUGGUGAAUACAUCAUGGUGAAUAAAGAAGCUUUUGGCAACUGUAGAUAAAAUAGUAGAUAUUCCUAUUCAAUGGCUCAUUCUAUGUCAUACUUUUUUGGCAGAACAGUAUACUGAAGAGUAUUAAUGGAAUAAUACAGACUGAAGCAAAAUAAACAUUAAUACUAAUCACAAAAA